CCGCUCUCCUCUAAAACCUUUGAGCCCCACCAUAUAUAAAUUACACCUCCCAGGCGUCAACCCAUUUCUCUCUCUCUCCUCUUGGACUCUCUAAGACUGUCACCCAUAUUUCUAGGGUUGUGAACUUCGAACUUCUUCACUUGAAUUGCACCGUAAACUAUGGAUUUGGAAGAGGAGUAUGAACCAUCAUACAACGACGACGAAGAAGAGAUAACCCAAGAGGACGCUUGGGCUGUGAUCAGUGCUUAUUUUGAAGAGAAGGGUCUGGUUCGUCAACAGUUAGAUUCCUUCGAUGAGUUCAUUCAGAAUACUAUGCAAGAGAUUGUGGAUGAGUCGGCUGAUAUCGAGAUUCGCCCCGAGUCUCAGCACAAUCCUGGUCAUCAGUCUGACUUUGCCGAGACCAUCUAUAAAAUCGGCUUUGGUCAGAUAUACUUGAGUAAGCCAAUGAUGACAGAGUCUGAUGGUGAAACUGCGACUCUGUUUCCUAAGGCUGCAAGGUUGAGGAAUCUAACAUACUCUGCUCCCCUGUACGUCGAUGUCACAAAGAGAGUUAUAAAGAAAGGGCAUGAUGGUGAAGAAGUCACUGAAACUCAAGAUUUUACAAAAGUCUUCAUUGGGAAGGUUCCUAUAAUGCUCCGAUCGAGUUACUGCACACUAUGUCAAAAUUCAGAGAAGGAUUUGACAGAGCUUGGAGAGUGUCCGUAUGAUCAAGGUGGGUAUUUCAUCAUCAAUGGGAGUGAAAAGGUUCUAAUUGCUCAGGAGAAGAUGAGUACCAAUCAUGUGUACGUCUUUAAGAAGAGACAACCAAACAAGUAUGCCUAUGUGGCAGAAGUCCGAUCGAUGGCAGAGUCCCAAAACAGGCCACCUAGUACCAUGUUUGUGCGGAUGCUCUCUCGGACAAGUGCCAAAGGGGGCUCCUCGGGCCAGUAUAUCCGUGCUACCCUUCCCUAUAUUCGGACCGAGAUUCCUAUUAUCAUUGUAUUUCGGGCAUUAGGAUUUGUUGCUGACAAAGAUAUACUAGAGCAUAUUUGCUAUGAUUUCUCUGAUACUCAGAUGAUGGAAUUGCUGCGACCUUCCUUGGAGGAGGCAUUUGUUAUUCAAAAUCAACAGGUUGCUCUAGACUACAUUGGAAAACGAGGGUCUACUGUUGGUGUGACAAAGGAAAAGAGGAUAAAGUAUGCCAAGGAGAUCCUUCAAAAGGAAAUGCUUCCUCAUGUUGGAGUUGGAGAAUAUUGUGAGACAAAAAAGGCUUACUAUUUCGGGUAUAUCAUUCACCGGCUCUUGCUAUGUGCACUUGGCCGAAGGGCAGAGGAUGAUAGGGAUCAUUAUGGCAAUAAGAGACUGGAUCUUGCUGGUCCUUUGCUUGGUGGCCUGUUUCGCAUGCUGUUCAGAAAGUUAACAAGGGAUGUGAGAGCUUAUGUUCAGAAGUGCGUCGAUAAUGGGAAAGAUGUUAAUCUGCAAUUUGCAAUUAAAGCAAAGACAAUUACCAGUGGCCUUAAAUACUCACUUGCUACUGGCAACUGGGGGCAAGCAAAUGCUGCGGGUACAAGGGCCGGUGUCUCACAGGUUUUAAAUCGCUUGACAUAUGCAUCCACUUUGUCACAUCUGCGAAGGCUAAACUCUCCCAUUGGGCGUGAAGGGAAAUUGGCAAAACCAAGGCAGUUGCACAAUUCACAGUGGGGAAUGAUGUGUCCAGCAGAAACACCUGAAGGACAAGCAUGUGGACUGGUGAAGAAUCUAGCAUUGAUGGUGUAUAUUACAGUUGGUUCAGCAGCAUAUCCUAUUUUGGAAUUUUUGGAAGAAUGGGGUACUGAGAAUUUUGAGGAAAUUUCUCCAGCAGUGAUUCCCCAAGCUACGAAAAUCUUUGUGAAUGGUUGCUGGGUUGGUAUCCAUCGCGAUCCUGACAUGUUAGUAAAAACACUGAGACGGCUGAGGAGACGGGUUGAUGUCAAUACUGAAGUUGGGGUGGUUCGCGAUAUCCGUUUGAAAGAACUGCGGAUUUACACUGAUUACGGCCGUUGCAGUCGGCCAUUGUUUAUUGUGGAGAAGCAGAGGCUUCUUAUAAAAAAGAAGGAUAUUGAAGCGUUGCAACAAAGGGAAUCGCCUGAAGAGGGUGGUUGGCAUGAACUUGUAACUAAGGGAUUUAUAGAAUAUAUCGGCACUGAAGAAGAAGAGACUACUAUGAUUUCCAUGACCAUUAAUGAUCUUGUAUCUGCGAGGCUCAAUCCAGAAGAGGCUUAUUCUGACACUUACACCCAUUGUGAGAUUCACCCAUCUUUGAUCUUAGGUGUUUGUGCUUCCAUUAUACCAUUUCCUGAUCACAACCAGUCUCCACGUAAUACAUAUCAGUCAGCUAUGGGUAAGCAAGCCAUGGGAAUUUAUGUGACCAACUACCAAUUUCGAAUGGACACAUUGGCUUAUGUCCUUUUCUAUCCUCAGAAGCCUCUUGUUACUACUCGAGCCAUGGAGCAUUUGCACUUUAGGCAGCUUCCAGCUGGCAUUAAUGCCAUUGUUGCCAUUGCCUGCUAUUCUGGAUAUAAUCAGGAAGAUUCUGUUAUUAUGAAUCAGUCAUCAAUUGAUCGUGGCUUCUUUCGAUCAAUUUUCUUCCGCUCCUAUAGGGAUGAGGAGAAGAAGAUGGGGACACUUGUUAAAGAGGAUUUUGGACGGCCGGAUAGAGCUAAUACCAUGGGAAUGCGGCAUGGUUCAUAUGAUAAAUUGGAUGACGAUGGCCUUGCACCUCCAGGAACAAGAGUUUCGGGUGAGGAUGUAAUUAUUGGGAAGACUACUCCGAUUGCUCAGGAUGAUGCCCAGGGACAAGCUUCACGUUACACUAAGCGUGAUCACAGCACAAGCUUACGCCACAGUGAAACUGGGAUAGUGGAUCAAGUUCUAUUGACAACAAAUGCUGAUGGGCUGAGAUUUGUGAAAGUAAGGGUGAGAUCUGUUAGAAUACCACAGAUUGGAGACAAGUUCAGCAGUAGACAUGGUCAGAAGGGAACAGUGGGUAUGACUUAUACACAAGAAGAUAUGCCAUGGACUGUGGAAGGUGUCACCCCUGAUAUUAUUGUGAAUCCUCAUGCUAUUCCUUCUCGCAUGACAAUUGGUCAGCUGAUUGAGUGCAUCAUGGGUAAAGUUGCAGCUCACAUGGGAAAGGAAGGAGAUGCUACUCCCUUUACUGAUGUUACAGUGGACAAUAUCAGCAAAGCUCUUCACAAAUGUGGGUACCAAAUGCGUGGUUUUGAGACCAUGUACAAUGGUCACACAGGCCGACGGCUUACAUCUAUGAUCUUCCUUGGCCCCACAUACUACCAAAGACUGAAGCACAUGGUGGAUGAUAAGAUCCAUUCCCGUGGACGAGGGCCUGUGCAGAUUCUCACCAGACAGCCUGCUGAGGGGCGUUCGCGUGAUGGUGGUCUCCGAUUUGGAGAGAUGGAAAGAGACUGUAUGAUUGCUCAUGGCGCUGCUCAUUUUCUCAAAGAAAGACUGUUUGACCAAAGUGAUGCAUAUCGGGUUCAUGUCUGUGAGCGAUGUGGGCUGAUAGCUAUUGCAAACCUCAAGAAGAACUCUUUUGAGUGCAGAGGUUGCAAGAACAAAACUGACAUUGUUCAGGUUUACAUUCCUUAUGCCUGUAAACUUCUCUUCCAAGAGUUGAUGGCAAUGGCAAUAGCACCAAGAAUGCUAACAAAGGAUGUCAAACAAUCCAAAGACCAAAAGAAGAAAGGAGCUUGAUAUACUUGGUCUCAACCACAUUCAAAGACCCAAGAAGCUUAUUGUGGCAUAAACAGCUAACUACACUUGCUCAGUUUUCCUAGAGCAUUUUGCAGAGUUUGAUAGGAUGAGACACGUGAUUUCAGAAGUAUCAUUACAAAUAUAAUGGGGUUGCUCUGCUAGUGGCCUGGUGUUUGGCAAGUUGCAAUGUCCCGCCACCCUGGUGCAGCUUAUCGAGGACUUUGCCUUGGAAGCUUUAAGCUCCCGCUGCAUCUUGCAGGUGGCCUCACUUGGGCUGUUUGAAAUGAAAUAGUAUUUUCCAUCGGCAGAGGUAAAGGCGUCAGGUAGGAUGUAGAGUCUAGAUUCUUUCUCCAGCGGUAUCAGCUUUCGGGUAGUGGUGGGUUCAGUCAGUGAAACUCGUAUUUAGGCUCGCAUAGUAAACUCCACUCUUGCCCACUCUAGGGAAGGCGAUGUGCUGUAAACUCGUAUCAACUACUCGCUUUCUUAGGUCUGAACUUCUAGCCUCUUUUAAGAAGACUGUAUGUUUAAUCUGUUUACUUUUUUUUUGUUGGUUUUCUAUUUGUAUAAUGCAGAAACUGAUUAAAUUUCAUACCCUUGGGUUCAUGGAUCACUGUUGAAAGAAUUUUGACUUGAAAAUUGGCUUUCAUUUAUAUACCUGGUGUUUGGAGCAAUAUAAGGUUUUUCCACCAAGACACUUCGAGGA